GCUUUAGAGAUUAAGAGAAGAUAAUUGUGCAAGAUGCCUUUGAUCGAUAUGGCAGAAGCUGUAAGUCGUGGUGACAUUAUUGUCGAUGAGGUAGAUGCCUUGAAUGCUGUGAACUCUGGAAAAUUGAGUGAAAUUGAAACUGCCCGGUUUAGUCCAUUGGUUAUUGAACAUUCUCGACGGCAGAGUAGCGGAAAUGGCUCUGCAGUUAAUCGUGCAGAUCCACUACCAAAUUUAGAUGAUAUUGAGCUAGGGGAUGCAAAUGGAGCUACAGGAAGCGAUGAUGAGCAUACAUGGAACAAUGUAUUAGUGGAUGAAGUCGAUUUUGUUCAUGCUGUUGAACGGGGGCGUAUUAAUAGGAAUGAUUUACACAUCAUGGGGUGCCGAAGCAAUGGUGAUACCUGGAUUCCUCAGCGUGUGGUAGAUGAUGUCGAAGAGUUUGGUGAUAUUUUACAUGAUGAAAACGGUUGGAAUAGAGUUUUGGUUGAUGAAGUUGACAUUCUUCAUGCUUUCGAACAGGGAUCCAGGAUUGUUAAUCGUAGUGAAUGUCGUCUUAGUUAUAUGCAUCGUGAAAAUGGAACUGGGAGACUUGAGAGGAAUAGUGAUGUAGUUCAAGGAGCGGAAUCAGCAGUGAAUGGAGAAUCAUCGUUUGAAAUUGAUAGGACGAUUGGUACUGGCCGUCCGGGUAGAGGGAAGAAGUAAUUUACCAAGUGUCUUAUUUUUCUUAUAACUUUUUUUAAUUGUUAGGUUUGUUAUUCGCUUUAUCUGUUGUUAUUCUUAUUUUUUCGUGAACAUUAGCCAUAUUUAAGAGUUUUCACCGUAUUUGACUUGUUUUCAAGUGUGAUGUUAUCGUGUGAUGAGGUCGACACUCUAUUUUAUCCAGUUUAAAGCUCAACGUGUGUUUAUCUGAUUGCUGCUCUUUCGUUUCAUUUCUGAAGAUUACCAAUGUUUUGUUAGCAGUCUUUUGCUUCAUAUUGUAUUCGUCUGUCUGACCUUUUCGAAAUGUUGUGUUGAGCGCUGCUGGAUAAUAUUUGGUUGCUGG